AUGCAUAGAUGUGGGGAUGGCAGUUUGAAGGGAGUUGAGAGGACAAAGGGGGUGGAGAAGCUGGUGCUCCAGAAGCUUCACGCUUCAUUUGGUGGGUCGGAUGAGGAUAAUUUUGCAUCAAGUCUAGCGGGAGUGUUGGCUGUUGAGAUGUUUUACCUUACCUCAAUGUAUUUUACUUUUCGGUGUGAUUCAUCUAAUUGUGGACUCGGGGAGUUGUAUGCAUUUGGUAAAUCAAUUUGGGUUUCAGAUAUGCCUAGUUGUUUACAUCAUUAUCAACAGAGGUCAUUUCUAGCGAGGUUGGCUGGGUUCCAAACUGCGGUGUUUGUGCCUGUGAAAUAUGGAGUUGCGGAGCUUGGUUCGAUCAAAGCAGUUCCAGAAGAACAGAAUAUUGUGGACAUGGUUAAAACUACAUUUGGGGAAUCUAAUUCUGUACAGUCAAAGGUAUUUCCAAAGAUUUUUGGACAUGAACUUAGUCUAGGUGGUACAAAAUCACGCUCGGUCAAUAUUAAUUUUUCUCCUAAGGUUGAACACGACGUUGGUUUUAUUUCAAAAACCUUCAAAGUACAAGCAAUAGGUACCAAUCAUGUUUAUGGAAAUUCUUCUAAUGGAUGUCAAGGUGAUGAUAAUGAAGAAAAAGGGUUUCCACAGUUGAACCAGAUGGCUGUUGGGGCUUUUAAUCCCCAAAAUGUAGUUUCUAGUUUGGAGAUGUCGAGGGAUGAAUUAUCAUCUCAGCCUGAUGAGCGAAAACCCAGAAAGAGAGGGAGAAAGCCUGCCAAUGGGAGAGAAGAACCAUUGAAUCAUGUGGAAGCAGAGCGGCAGAGGCGUGAGAAGCUUAAUCAGAGAUUCUAUGCAUUAAGAGCGGUUGUCCCAAAUAUAUCAAAGAUGGACAAGGCCUCUUUGCUUGGUGAUGCUAUUACAUAUAUCACUGAUCUCUAGACGAAGAUCAAGGUUUUGGAAACUGAAAAGGAGCUGGGAAAAAAUAAGUAUAAAAAGCUCCCAGCACCAGAGUUUGAUUUUCAGGACAAACAAGAUGAUUCAGUUGUAACGAUAAGCUGCCCAUUGGAUGCUCACCCGAUUUCUGGAGUCAUCAAAGUGUUUAGGGAAAAACAGAUUGUAGCUGAAGAGACUAAUGUUUCAAUGGACAAUGACAAGGUUUUUCAUACGUUCUCCAUUUGAACUCAAGGUGGUUGUGCAGAACAGUUGAAGGAGGAGCUGAUGGCCGCCCUUUCCAAGUUAUUUAACCAGUAAGUUUGUGCUCAGGUGACUCAAUGCAUCUCCUUGAUGAAAAAUGGAAUCUGAUGUUGACAAAUUCAUUAUUCGUAAUCUAACUUCACAGACAGCUGAAUGAUCUUGUUCUGUAAAUAUAUGGAUAGAGUUUUUCAUCUUGUGAUCUGUCUUUUAAAUUGCAUUGAGGCCAUGAAUCGGGUAGGUUGUGGAUGUAGGCAGCAGUUUACUUUAAAAUGGUAAUUUUAAACUGAUUUUAUAGUUUAGCUAAAAGAUAGCAGCUAUAACAAAAUUUGGGCUAUAAAAGAGAUGCAUGAUGAGCCCAAAGCAUGCUCUUGUAGAAGUUUUGUUAAUUGUCCAAACUAUUUAUUUAUCUUCGUCUUCUA